AUGCCUUUGGUGCGUGUGGAGGUGAGAAAUGAGUACGGACUGGGACAGCGGGAGCUGUACAAAGAAGCGAACGGAGAAGAAGAUCCGAAGGCUGUGCUUGACGGCGUGGCUGUGGCCGGUCUAGUUGGGAUCUUAAGGCAAUUAGGCGAUCUUGCUGAGAUGAUGAAGCGAGCAGAGAAUUGGUGGCUCUUUGAAAUGACGGCAAUGAUGUUGGUACUCGGUAGAGCAAUCUUAAGGAUGGAACAAGUGAUGAUUACAUCUUCUAGAAGCCGUAAAGUGAUGGUUCGUGUACAACACAUUGAAGCUGCACUUCCUCCAAUCGAGAGAGCCAUACUGGCCCAAAAAAGCCACAUACAUUUGGCUUACAUGACUGGUUCCAACUGGCAUGCCCAUGUCCGAGCUGAAGAAAACCACUUUAUCUACAAUGACAUGCCACAAUUCAUCAUUGAUUCCUACGAAGAAUGUCGUAGCCCACCGUGUCUGCACUUACUUGACAAAUUUGAUACUGGAGGUCCGGGAUCUUGCUUAAAGAGAUAUUCAGAUCCUACCUUCUUCAAGAGAGCAUCAGCUAAGUCAAUUGAAGCAAAGGUUGUGAAAGUCCGCAAAGAUAAAAAGUCUUGUAGGAUCAAGAAAAAAAGAUCAUUGCAGCGGAAUGAAGAAGUACCACAUAGGGUGAUGCCCCGUUAUAGUGGCAGGAUGCAGUUUGCGUCUCUAAACGUUGGUGAGCAAAUGUCCCCUACUCAGACUGUCUCCACAUUUGAUGCUACCUUGAAAUCUGACCUGGGAGACCAAUCAAAUUCUUCUGAUUCCAGAACUGGGACAGGCUAUAUAGAAUGUGUGUUCCAUCCAAAUGACUCUAGGAAACCUGAAGAACAUGAAUGUAGGGAAUCCUCCUAUUCUCGACUACCAAUGCACCAUAACGAGACAAAUUAUUACGUUUUUCUUCAUGAAGAAAGCGGAGUUGUAGAUGAUGAUAUUCAAAACAGUCUAUCACAGAAGCAAGCUGGCUCCAGUUUAUCUUGUGUUACUUGGGAUGAAAAAACAGAAAUAGCAGAGUCUAUGGGACAGCAAUAUGAUCGUGAUGAAACUUCAGAGAUGCUCCCUACAGACUUAGACCUAACUACUCAGGACACAGGAGCUGUUAACUUAGGAACAAUCAUUCUUUUGGAUUUACAGUCUGACAAUCAGAACAUGCCAGCAUCGAUUGGGGGUGGUGACAAGCUUGAUGAUGUCGGAAGUGAAGCAGACAAUUAUAUGGAUGCCCUUAACACCAUCGAAUCUGAGUCUGAAAUGGACUUUGAUAGCCAAACGAAGCAAGAACUGGAGCAGUACUCAAAUUUGAGCGAUGGAGAAGUACAAGAUGGAAUACAAAGGCGCACAGCACAUUAUACAGGCAAUCAUUCAUCAAAUUUUGAACCUCUUUUUACCAUUCACAGUUCCCCACCCAAAAAUAAAUCUGGGGAUAUCUCUAAUCCAAGGUCCCCAGAAUCUCAUGCUUCAGUUCAGCCUUCCUCAAACAUAGGGCCAUUCGAGGAUAAAUCCAACUCGGUGUCCUCAGAAUAUGAUGCCCAUGCACCUCAAAUUGCUGUGAACUCGUCAACUCUCUUCAGUUUUCCAGACAUUGAAUUAUGUGGAAAUGCGAAUAUUCCUGAUGGUUCAAAUUCAGAAUCUGCUGUCAGUGAGCUAUCAUCUUCUGGCUACAUAGAAGCCAAUAUACAGGAUCCAGCCAGUGAUAAGAUAAUAAGCAGUCCUCGUGAAUCUCAAAUACUUUCUCCUAAACCUUCUAGCAGUAAUGUGGUUUCCUUUUGGACAAAUGGUAGCCUUCUAGGACUUGAGCCAUUGAAACCACCAGAUUUCAGUUCAUUGAAUGCUGGCAGUCAUGAUUCUACGGCCAAGAGUGACGAUGACAACAUGGGCCCUUCAAUUCAAAGUAAUAUGCUUGAGGGGCGUGAACCUGCAGGAAAAGAUCACAUAUUGGCCAGGAGCUCCAGAAUCAUUGAAGAAGGUCUAAGUUCUAAAUGCUCUUCAUCAUGCCAUAAUGAUAAAGGAAAUGUUGUUUCUAUUAAGAGAACAACUUGGAGGUUCUCACCAGCUAAUCUAAAUAUCGAACUUGAAAAAUCUACUGAUUUCAGUAAUAGUUUUAAUCAUUCUCAGGGCCAUGGUUUUGAUGAAACCAAUAUACUUGCCUCUGUAACUGAGGGGCCAGUCGGUCCAUAUAUCCAAUCUACUACAGCCAGUGCAGAUAAUGGCAAAAAUUCAUCUAGGAUGUUAAAACUCAGCAACCAAUUACUGGUAAAUGGAUUUCGAAGAAAACUCUCACUUGGGGGUGAUAAUAACUCUGAGCCUGCCAGCUCUAUGAACAUUGGUGUUUUUGAGCAGAAGAGCAGCUGUCAAAAUGCUUUGUAUCAAACUUCCACCAGGAGGACUAAAGAGCAGUUUGGAAGUCCAUCUCUGGUCCUCUCACCUUCUUCUUCUCCCCCGCUGCAACACAUGAAGAUAUCAUUCCGGCCUAUAGAUAGCGUUGAGACUUCCAAACUGAAACUGAAAUUUCCUAAUGGGGGUAAUUGUUGUGAAAGUAGCAGAGAUAUGUUUCCUUCAUUUCAGUUGGUCCCAGAGCUUGCUAUUCAUCGCCACGACUCUGGUUCAGACUCCGACGAUGACACAUUCUGUAGAUCAUCUCCUUAUAUUUCAGAUGAUUGCCUUAGCAAUCAAUCUGAGUCAAAUUCUGAGCAUUGGGAAUCUGGUGAAUUUCCCAGUAACAAGGACCACGAGUUAUGUGAUGCCUUGUGCAGAAUCUCACCAGCAGAAUCUGCUUCAAGCUCACCAAAUAUAGGGGGAAAAACCCAGGGGGGCGCCUGUGAUAACUGUAAAUUUCAAAGUACAUUUGCUGAAAAUGGGGUGGAACUUUCUCAGUCUCGGUGUUUACUUGAUCUUCCAAGUUUGGAGAAAAUGAAUCCUUCAUUUAUGCAAGAAUUAAAAAGUAGUUCUGAUGCAGAAGAUCUCCUUGAGUUCUGCUCACCUAAGGAGCCUAUGGCACUGCCUCCACCUCUUCCUCCAUUGCAAUGGCGGGCUUUGCGACCUCAAUCAGAUGUGGCAGAAGUCGAGGCUACAUACACACUGAAAAGCAACGUAAUCAUUGCAGUUACUGUUUUCAGCUUUUCUCUACCAGACUUACAGAGGCUAAAUGGGCAGAAAGAAACUAAUCGGUCAGACUUGCAGGAGCUAAAUGGGCAGAAAGAAGGGAUGGAUGAAAAGCAAGACUUCUUGCAUCAGAUUAGAACAAAGUCAUACAGUCUGAGACGUACUGUGACAGCAAAACCAACUCAUAUACCAACCCCCCCUUCCAAUGUCUCCGCGACUGCAAUUCUGGAAAAGGCAAAUGCAAUACGCCAGGCUGUGGGUAGUGAUGAUGGCGAAGAUGAAGAUAAACGGAGUGACAUUUAGUCUUCUUUGUAAGCUAUGUUAUCAGCCUUCCUAAUUUUUUUUUUCCUAGCAGUUGGGUAAGGCUGUGUGAUACAUAUGUAAAUAAUCCAAGUUCCAUUAGGUACUUAUUUUGUAGGGCUUCUCUUUUAUCUUCUUGAGGUUAUAUGCUUUGGUAGCUUCAAUUUAUGUUCUAACUAUUGUAUUAAAACACGAGCUCCAAUCGAUGAAUUCAUAUCCUUGAGGCAGCUAUUUAUACAUAAUGCAUGAG